GCUCUAGUUUUAAUGUUGAGUGUGAUGAUGAGUAUCAGCGAGCAUCACUGCCGAGUUUAUGAGUUAUUGAUCCGUGGGCGUGUCUCGAGGAUAUAAACCCCGCGGAUCGCUGCACAUCAAUGAAACCCGACAGCAGCGCGCGCAAUGUUUGUUCUCACAGCGUUGGUUCUUCCGGUCCUCUGCGGAGCCGGUUUGGCGAUGGAUGCUCACUCUUACCGGCGCACGGAUCCAGUCACCGGACAGCAGCUACUGUGUGACAAGUGUCCACCGGGAACGCGCAUGCGCGCGCACUGCACGAUAUCCCGUCAGACGGAGUGCGCUCCUUGCGGAGCGGGUUUGUACACGGAGUUCUGGAACUACAUCGCCUACUGUCUGCGGUGCGACGCGUGCUCCGAUCACCAGCGGGUCGUUCAGCCGUGUAACGGAACCGUGAACACGGUGUGCGAGUGUGAGGCGGGGUUCUUCUGGGAUCAGCACUUCUGCAGGAGACACAGCGCCUGCAAACCGGGCCACGGAGUCAAAGCUCCAGGGACACCACACAGGGACACGGUGUGUGAGCUCUGCGCAGAUGGACACUAUGCAAACAUCAUGCAGACGCAUGCAGCAUGCGUUACUCACAGCGCCUGCAAGGCAGAUGAACAGCUGGUGCUGCCGGGAUCCAGGUGGCAAGAUAAUUGCAUCUGUAAAUUCAUGCUCGGCUGGUGUUUUCUUCCAGUUUGGGCGGAUUUAUUCAAGCCGGUUCUAUCCGGUCUGAACGUUCAGUAUGGGACUUCCACUGAGUAUCUGCAGAAGUUAGUGAACCGCCGUCUGCGCAAGAGGAGGUUUGGCAAGCGAGCUGCGCUGCGUCCGAUGGAGCAGAAGAACUGGAGCGAAGCGACGUCAGAGGAGGAGCCACUGAACCUGCCGUCCAUCCUGGAGGAGUCACACCUGAAUGCGCUGGCGGACAGGAUCGCACGCAAAAUCCUGCAAUUCCAGCAGCACUGCACUAACACUCCACUGCUAACUGUAUGACAGAUGAAGCCUGUUCACACUGCACUGAAAAACACACUGCACUGAUUUGAGUUUGAUACUGUCUCAUCUGCUUUAUAAAGUCUAGAAGUGCAUCAGAUUUUGUCCUGACCGUUAGAUACUUCGACAUCUGGAUCAGUUUAACGCUCCAGCGAAGGUUGUUGGAUGUGUGACACUCAGAUUGUACUCAUGCACUUUACAGUCUGUCCUGUCAAUAAAUUUCACAUGCUGUGUUGCACUAGA